AUGUCUUCGAUCAGAAAGAAGAGGAAUUUCAAGGGCUUAGCGCUGGCAGAAUCACCGCUCUCUACGCCCUCGCCAGGACAGGCUUCAGGCUCCUCGGGUCCCUCAGCAGGCCUGGUGUCAUCUCAAGCGGUCAAAGCUAGAGGAUUGCCAGGUGUGGGACUGGGUGCUGGUGCGAGUGCGGAGAUCGACCCUUCGAGUGGCGCCAAUUAUCACAAUAAGCUGAGCGAACAGCUUGCGAACUUAGAGUUGGGAAUAGAGUACAAGCUUGACCUUAAGAAUGAGGACUUGAAACAUCUGUCAGACUUGGGCAGCGGGAAUAGUGGAACAGUCUCAAAGGUGAGUCUUGCUUAGUGUGAAAGCGCUGGUGCCUCCUUCUCCGUCUAGACGAGGGCCGCUUCUCCUCAUAAUGACAGGGGAUGGGCAAUGCAGUGAUGUCCAGGCCGGGCCCCAAGAUCUGCGGCAGUAUUCAACAGCGUCACGACCAGACUAACGCAGCGCUUCAGAUCUCGAUGCUAAGCCCGAAAUUCACGCUCUUUGCUUCAUCCAGGUCUUGCACGAAAAGUCAGCAACAACGAUGGCAAAAAAGGUGUGUAGACUGAGUCUGCGAGCUCGAGCUCUCAACGUCACGUAGCCUGACACGAUCGCUGCCCUGCCAGGUGGUGUUCAUCGAUGCGAAGCCAACGGUGCGGAAACAAAUAUUGAGAGAAUUACAGAUAUUGCACGAGUGCAACUCAAAAUACAUCGUCAGCUUCUACGGAGCUUACUUGAGCGAACCGCACAUAUGCAUGUGCAUGGAAUUUAUGGACAAGACGUGAGCAUAUGGGCAAGCUAUCCAAUUGCAGCGCCACGGCGCUUGGCUCACACGCUGCAUACAUUGGCCACCAAUACAGCUCGCUGGACAACAUAUACAAGAAGUGGGGUCCUGUGCCGGUGGAUGUGCUCGGGAAGGUGAUUGUGGUAGUCGUUCAUGGCCUCACGUAUCUUUACGACGUGCACCGCAUCAUUCACAGGGGUGAGUCUGGCCACAGAGGCGUGGAGAUUGUGCGUGGAUGCUGACGCUGAGCAUCUUCUGUAGAUGUCAAGCCCUCCAACAUUCUCGUCAAUGGCCAAGGUCAAAUCAAGAUUUGCGAUUUUGGUGUCUCUGGCGAGCUGAUCAAUUCGAUUGCGGACACAUUCGUAGGCACGAGCACGUACAUGAGCGUGAGUGGCUGUGGGCAAUUUUAACUGGGGAAAGGAUUCCGAAGGCUGACCAUGUGUGGUCCAUAGCCGGAACGAAUUCAAGGUGAUCAGUACAGCGUCAAAUCCGACGUCUGGUCUCUCGGGAUCUCGGUCAUCGAGCUGGCACUAGGCAGAUUUCCCUUCGCAAAUCCUGCCGAAGACUCGGAUGACGAGAUUCCGGAGGAAUUGCGGGGGACGUUGUCUCCUACGAAGCCGGACGGAUUGUCUCAAGCAGCAUCGAGACCCAAAAGGACAGACGGAGGAGCGAGGGCAGGCGUGUCACUGGAGGGAUCGGGUGCGCAGAUGUCCAUCCUGGACCUGCUGCAGCACAUUGUCAACGAACCUCCGCCGCGUUUGCCGGAGGAUUCGAAAUUUCCAAAGGCCAUGCAUGAAUGCAUCGAUCUGUGCUUGAUCAAGGACCCGUCGGCAAGACCCUCCCCAAAAGAUCUGACGGUUCAUCCAUACGUCAAGGAGAGCGAGGAGACAAAGGUGGACCUGAAGGCAUGGGUAGACACGCUCGUGUAG